AUGCCUGUAGUCCCAGAAGCUCGGCUCUUUAGCAAAUUUUGGCCAUUGGAGCCCUCUAGCAGUCGAUGUAGGGCUGUUGGUGGAUACAAGGCCAGAUGUAUUCCGCUUCGCGCAGGACUCGCAACAGAAGCUCGUCAGACCAAAGCAGGCGAGCAUGUGCUCAAGUCUUGGGAUGACCGAGCAGCCGGCCUCAUUCCGCACACGGAUGCCAAGGUGCGCUAUUUUGGCAAGGAGCGAAGCAAGCCCCGAGUCAAGAUCUUUCGUGAUCAAGCCGGAUGGUGCCCCUAUUGUCAGAAGGUCUGGCUACUCCUUGAAGAGAAGCAAGUGGACUACGAAGUAGAGAAGGUGCCGAUGAGAUCCUACGGUGACAAGCCCAGGGAGUUCAUGGCCUUGGUUCCUCGUGGCCUACUACCUGCCAUGGAGAUAGAUGGGAAGGUCAUGACCGAAAGCUUGGACAUCAUGUUCACCAUUGAAGGUACUUUUCCAGAUCCCGACAGACCAAUGUUUCCAGCCUCCGGGCCGCUUCGGGACCGAGCUGCCAAGCUGCUCUCUUUGGAGCGUCAGCUCUUUGGAGCUUGGUGCUCGUACUUGUUCCGUCCUGAGAUGCCAUUGAUCGGGGGCUCCGAGGGGGACUUCACGAGCGCGCUGGAAGCGGUGGACUCCGAACUGGCAAAGAACUCGGAGUCACCCUUCUUUCUGCCUUACCAGCACCCCACCAUCGUGGACAUGCAGUAUGUUUCGCAUGUCGAGCGUGCGGUAGCCAGUGCUAUGUACUACAAAGGUUACGACAUCCGGAAGAAGUUUAAGCACAUUGAUGCGUGGCUGUCUGCAUAUGAGAAGCUACCGCACUACAUGGCAACAAAAAGUGAUUACUACACACACUGUAUGGAUAUUCCUCCUCAGUACGGCCCCUGCUUUUCCAAUGACAGCGCAGAAGCAGUUGAAGCUAGAGAGCUCAUUGAUCCGCAGAAUGCUACGCUCCCUGCAAAGUGGCAGACCAGCGUUGAGCCGCCCACACCGGACCAGCUGAAACAGCCCGAGGAGGAUUACCGGAUAGAGGCAGCCAUGAGGCUUACCGAGAAUCAGAAGGCUGUGACCCGCUUCUGCUGCCGCGCGGCUGGCGGAGAUGUGGGCGCUUGGGCUCGCGGCAACCCCACGAAAUGUGCGCUCGCAGAUCCCUACGCCAGGCCAAACGAAGAUUACGCGCCUGGCGUGAAUGUGGCUCUCCGAGCAGUCGCCACUGCACUGCUUCACGGGGAUCCCAGCCCCUUGCUAACUGUGAAAGCCUCCGUGGAGACAGAGGCAAAAAUGUCCGGACGCGAUCUCGAUGUGAUUGCUGACUGCAUCGGCUACCUUCGGGAUCGUGUUGGAUCACCACGAGAUUUGUCCAUGCCUGCGGCAAAAAUUCUGCGCGCACAUCUGGCUGAAGUGGUGAGACAGCUGAAGGCGUGA